CACCUGGACCGCUGGGCAACUUCAAAUCAAAUCAAAUCAGUUGUUAGCAGCAGUAGCAACCUUCAAGUCCGCGCUUGCAACAUCAACAACCCGACAAAUACUUUUUUGUUUUUGACUCGCAGUCUCCAGUUUCUCUAGUUUCCACCUAGUAGCCAUUAACCCAUUAGGUACCUAGGUAGUUCAUUAACGCAAAUGUUCUCUCUACAUACAUACACGCAUACAUACAUGUACAUGUAAUCUCCAACUUAUUCUUGUUUCUUCCUCCCCUUCCUCAAACCACCAUCCUCGUCGUAUACCGGAUUUCUUUUCCGUGGACUGGAAAGAAAAACAAUUCAACCAAUCUCAGACUAUCAUCGCUAUAUAGGCCAACGUUGUCAUCUUGACAAUUUCCGUAUUAUUUUACCUACCAUUUAUUGUAUUUACUUGGCUUGUCCUUUUCCCGGGGUAUCCUAGGAAGGGAGAGACAUACAGAAAAUACUCAGGAGCUCCGGAUCCUUAUCGGUCAGACCGUAGCUUCGUCAUUCUCGGUCUUCCGUCUUUGAGCGGCUCCCCGUCUAAAAGAGAAGAGAAGGAAAAGAAAAGGAGGUGGGGGGAAUAGCAAGAAGCAAAGAGGGUUUUGAAACGCUAGGGGCGAACGAUAUCUAAAAUCUCAAAUACGCCACAGUCUCAAAUUUAUCUGAAGAUACUUUUUUUUUUCUUUGGUUUUUGGUCUAUCCAUUGGACUUAGGGAACCGACGAUGAAUUUCGAUUCGGGCACCGCCUAUGCGGAAUCCGACGCCGACGAUGAAUACGAGAGAAGCGUCCACACCAGCUCCCCCGUCCUCGUUACCGAUUCUGAGAUCUCCCCGACCGAUUCCGAGGGUCGCUCUUCGACUGAGCACACACCUACCACCUAUGGCCAUCGAAGCAGCGCUGAUAGACUGCCCGAGACGAUAAUAUCCGAAUGGGAUGCCGACGAGUGUGCCGAUUUCAUUACGAGUAUAGGGCUGCAGCAGUAUUCGGAUCGUUUCAUUGAAAACGAGAUCGUCGGCGAAGCUUUGGUGGCCCUCCUGCAUGAUGACCUCAAAGCUAUGGGAGUAACUAGUGUCGGCCACCGCUUAACCAUACUCAAGAGCGUUUACGACGUUAAGAAGGCACAAGAUGUUCCCAUAGAAAGUGACCAUUAUGUACCACUGUCUGCCGAUGCUGAAGCCCAAUACGCUACUGCGACUUUGAAAGACAUUAAACACCUAGUCGAACAACUACGCCUUCGAGACGAGCGCAUGAACUUCCUAGAACAAGACCUACGACGGAUGACCGAAGACUUCAGACGACUACGGGAGGAUAUGUUGCCGGCUCUACGCCUUGCUAAGGAUGCGCAGCAGCCUCUUCCCCAUCUUUCUAAUAGCCAGGGCGCCUAUGGCUACGAGACCUCAACAAUAUCUCCUCCAGCUCCCACACCACCAUCAAACCAAUCCUCGGGUGGUUUAAAGCGACAAUACUCUACUAAGAAGAUUGUCCUGGGUACGAUUCCUAAGAACACUUCCCCAACUCACUUACAGACUACUCAUGAGCGGCCCUCGGUAGAACAAACCCUGGACCCUGCGAACGCCGCCGAGAGAGCCGUUUUAUCGUCAUCACAUUUAGCCGCCAUGAAUGGCUCUGGCCAAGCUACAUCGCCCGGCUAUUCUCCAAACAUACCGUCACCUACUUCGCCCCCGACUUUGGGCAGUGCUACCCUCGCCUCCCGCUCCUAUCGCUCCGAUGACCGUCAAACGCCGUCCAGCCGCACGACAUUCUCCGAGAGCGAACAUAACUACAACUCAAAACAGCCCGUCGCGCCACGUCGAAUGCAAACACCUGUCCCUGAGACACCAGGUUCUAGUUCAGCAUCGGUAGAGAUCUUUAAGUCGUUUAGGGUUAGCAUGGAGGAUCCUUGCUACAAGGUUCUACCUGCUGCUCUGAAGAAAUAUCAGAUCAAUGCCCCAUGGGACCAAUACGCGCUUUACAUUGUUUAUGGUGACCAAGAACGUUGCCUGGGUUUGGAAGAAAAGCCAUUGAUCCUUUUUAAGCAAUUGGAUAAAGAAGGAAAGAAGCCAAUGUUUAUGUUACGAAAAACGAAUACGGCGCAAGCGGAUGCAGAAACUCCUGGCAGUGCUGGCCUGAAUACUGGGAACCUAAGAGGAGUUGGUUACGAUCCACCCGGUGGGAUCAUAUGAUCUUCAGGCGUGUCGAUCUGGCCAAUUAUCCGAUAUAUAAAAGCCGUAUCUCCGAAUUACCACGAGAAGCGAGAUGGGUGGAGCUAUGCCAUAGCUGUUGCUCUGGUGGACGAGCACUGACAUUAAAGUAGGAUAUGAAUGCAUAGCGUGCGUGUAUUGCUAUUUUUCUAUCGAUUAAUUAUCGGGCCAGCAUUCUCAUCUAUCAUCAUGGAGGAAAGGGGAGCGAGUGAUUAUCAACGCUCUUCUUGAAUCAGCGCCUUAGAGCUAGUCUCAGCGAUGGAAUUCUCGAGAAUUAAAAAAAAGACCAAGCUAUAGCUUCCGAAUGGAUAUCUUGGAUUAUUAAAUGCUUCCUAACUCUAUUCAAAGCUGUUACAACAUAUUUUUAUUAUGUAAAUGUGCUUUUUCUACCAUGGAAUUGUGCCAUAUAUCAUAGUGAUUUACGAGUGCUUUUAUAGGGAGUCAGGGGGGGAGGAGGGAGUGAUUGUAAAUGGGGCGUGGAUUUGUCACAAAAGAUAUAGAAGCUCGUGAUUUAAUCCUGAAAGCAAUGAGAUUCAUUGCUUUAUGAAAUAAAAAUACAGCUCUAGUGCAAUAUGCCAGACAGUGUAUCUAGCUCUGCAAGCAAAGUCAGCGAGCAAGUUCUUGGUUCGUUAAUUUUAUGAAUUCUUAAGUCG